UGGCCAUGGCGGAGCCGGAGGCCCCGGCCGACGACCUGGACGCCCUCCUCGACGACCUGGACUACCUGCCGGGCCACUUCCACCUGGAGCUGCAGCUCAACUUCGAGCCGAGCUCGCCCGCCUCGCUGCGCGCGCGCGCCCGGGACCUGCGGCUGCAGCAGGACAGCCUGCGCCGGGAGCUGGAGCUGGCCGCGGCCCCGCAGCGUCCAGCCGUGCGCCACCUCCUGGGCGCCGUGGCCUUCCACCUGGAGGAGCUGGACGAGGCCCGCGAGCGCUUCCUCGAGGUGGCCCGGGAGCACCCCGACAACCUCAACGCCUGGGCCAAUCUGGCGCACGUGCACGGGCGGCUGGGGCAGGAGGACCAGGAGGAGGCGUGCGCCGGGCGGCUGGCCGGCCUCAUGGACCUGGAAGCGGACGCCGAGGCGCCGGGCACCCCCGGGGACCCCCAGCUCCGCGCCGCACGCUGCCUGGCCGAGCAGGGCUACGCGCACGGCUUCGACGUGGGCUGCGCCCGCCCGGAGGACCGUGCGCAGGUGCUGGAGGCUGGCAUCGCGCUGUACGACAAGGCGCUGGGCUACGGACGACAGAUCCCGGCGGAGGAGAAGAGGGGCUGGUACCUCAGCAUGGUGACCCUCCUCAUCAGGCUGGACGGCCUCUCCCUGGAGCUGGGCCGCGGGGAGCAGAGGCGGCUGCCGGCCUUCAACCGCGCGCUGGCCCUGCUGCGCCAGGUGGUCAAGUCCCCGGACGCCCAGCCCCGAGCCCUGGCCUGGUGCUACCUGGGGCUGCUUCUGGAGCGCAAGGACACGUUCUCCACCACGCCCCUGGGCGUGCACGACUGCGGCUUCUCGGGCACCGAGCCCCUGGACUGCUUCGGCAAGGCAAUGGAAGCGGCCAAGGGCCAGCCCCCCAUUCUGAACCGCCUCGCCAGAAUCGUCCACUUCCUGGGAAAGCAGGACAUGGCCAUCGGGAUCUGCAACAUGGCACUUGACGUGCUCCCGGACCCAGCGCUCAACGGGCAGGCCUACUGCACCAGGGCCAAGGUCCACAUCCAGACCUACCUGCACGACCUGGAACGGGCCAAGCUGGGGCUGGGACACAUGCCCGACAGGAACCACCUGGCCUGUGCCAAGGCUGACCUCGAGGAAGUGGUCAAGGUGUGCCCAGGCCUCAAGAUCUACCUGGACAUUGGCCAGGUCUACUACUACAUGGGCGUGGACGCCAUGCAGGAGCUGCUGGCCGUGGACGAGGAGGCCCUGAACCAGGCGCUGGUGUUCCUGGCCAAGGCGGGCGAGUCGGAGCUGGGCGCCGCCCUGCCCGAGCUGCAGCUGCUGCGGGGCAAGUGUCUGCGCAUCAAGGGCGAGGAGGCCAACGCGGCGGCCUGCUUCAAGCGCGCCGUGGAGCUGGACGACGCGGGCUCCAGCCACACCGAGGGCUUCGGCUGCCUGCUCGAGGCGCUGCUGGCGCAGUGGGGCCAGGCGCAGCUGAGCGACGGCGAGCUGGGCCGCGAGGUGGACGCGUGGCUGCGCCGCGCCCAGGCCAAGUACCCGGCGCCGCGCCUGCGCCAGGAGCUGCAGCGCGUGUGGCGGGGCCACACGGCCGAGGUGCUGGGGCUCGCGCGGACCUUGGUGGCCCAGGGGCGGCCGGCGCUGGUGCGGCUGCUCUUUGAGACCAUGGAGCUGGAGAGCGAGGGCGCGGGCACGCCAAGGGGCCAUCGGGCUUUCUCCUUCUGAUGGACGCCGGCGGCCCGCCAAGCC